AUGAGCUGGAAUCCGCCGGCUCCUGGGCCUGGGAGAAACCCAGGUAGAGGGCCGGGCUCGGUGAAAAGAGCGAGGGAAAUGCUAGAGGCUGGAGUACGUCCUCAGGCUGCUGGGAAUAACGCUCAGAACCUGCCAGUGCCUCCUUUCGCCCAAGGACCGAACCCGCGUGGUCCGCCGCCACAGCGACCCCAGAGACCCCAGCGACCAUCUUACUACGAUCAAGGCCGGCCAGAUGACUCAACCGACGGAGAGAUCAACAUUGGAUACCAAGUCGACAGCGAUCCCCGCGGUCCCGUACCCUACUUGCCAAUCCAAGGACUGCCUGUACCCAGACAAACCGCCCCCCCACCAAGUUCGAGAAGAGGACGAAUGUCAUCGUUUUCUCGUGGGACUUUUGUCUCUCCGAUUCCGGAAGAAGUGCCUGACAGAAGGAGACGGAAGAAGGGGUCGUUCGCCUCAAGUGCUGCCAUUCCGUCCAGCUGGGGAUCCGGUGUGCCUGCGUCGGACAUUCUCGACUAUUACGAUUCCGGGGAUGAUGCGGAGCAUGACGCUGAUCCAACGACUAUUGUGCGCCAUGCCAGUUUGGGCAAACGUGGGAAACCAUCUCUGCGUACCAUCAGCAAGGCAACAUCCGAAGGGGUGAAGAGCCCUCUAAGUGACCCAGUACCUGACCUUCCGAAGGCAAAUACUCCUGGGGAUUAUUCGCAAGCCAGAAAAUCAUUUGACUCUGAUUCUACCGACUCGAUCGACUUGGAAAAGCGGAGACUCUCUAUUGAAAACGAGCAACAGAAGAACGCUAGACUGGCUAUGCCAGGCCCGGGUUUCAGCAGCAAACGCAAUGCACGUCGACCUCCUCGACUGGACCUUGGCACUGUGCGGAACGCUGAAGCACGGGGCAGUCUCACGAGUUUACCAGACCUGAUUCGACGUGCUACGAGAGUGGCAUCGAACCUGGAGCACGGACGAACGGCAAGUAGGAUUGGGAUACUGGAUAUGUUUGGUUCGGGAAGGGAUCCUAAACAGCCAAAGCCCGCCCAUGCUCGCUCGUCUGCGUCUCUUUCUGAUAUUUUAGCGUCUUUUCCACCGCCUCGGACUGAUACCCCUGAUGAAGGCUUUCGAGGAUCGUGGCCUUUUCCUCCUGUCGGUGCUACUGAAAGGUCUAGGUUACGGAAUAUGCAAACCAAUGAGGACGACCCAGAGAGAGCACAGGGAAGACGCUUCUGUGGGAUGUCUCGACGGCUUUUUAUCAUCUUGUGUAUGAUUGCAGUAUGCAUUGUGAUAGCCGCCAUUGUUAUCCCAAUCGUUCUUGUGGUGGUCCCCCGGACAAGAGAUCACAGUACAACAGCAUCAACGGCAGCAGCAGCAUCUACUAUGUCUGGCGGCAAUUCCACAAGCUGCGAUCAAACGCUGCCGUGUCUGAAUGGCGGUGUCAGUGUUUCGGCGAGCAACAGCUGUUCGUGUGUCUGUGUCAACGGGUUUUCAGGGGCCCAGUGCGGCACCGCUACAGACGGUAGCUGCACCACCACCCAAGUCUCUGAUACUGCCAAUGCCACGGUUGGAAGCUCUCUUCCGGAUUUGUUUGCUACUUCAAAGUCCAAUUUCAGCAUAUCGCUGAAUGAAACCGAGAUUGUGGGGCUGUUUAAUUCGCAGAAUGUUUCGUGCACGGUGCAGAACGAUCUGGUGUUUUUCAACACGGAAAAUUCGAAAAUUCGACGUGUACCAUCAUCGCCCACGAUUGUCCAGGGAGCGCAGAUAACAGGGAGCCCCAAUCAACUGCGAGAAGAGAGCGCUUCUGCCGACGCGCCGCCUCCGAUUUUGAGUGUCCCGUCAAGUAGUAGCACGACAGCGAGCAACACGCUGGUGGGAGGCGCCAUGGAGACUGCGUCAGCAUCGACGAAAUCAGAACCGAGCAAGACGACGACAUCCGCAACAGCGUCUGCAACAACAACAACAGCAAGGUCGACGACAACGCGCCGCCAGCGUGUCUUUGACUUUGCGCGGGUUGCCGUGCUUUUCAUCCUGGAACAGACGAAGAACGUCGACUCUGCGUCGACUGCCCGAAGCGACAUUGCACUGUCUCUGCUGUCCGAGUCGGAUGACAGCAGCAUGUCGAAGAUGAAGGUGACGAUGGCAGACAAGACGCAAAGUUUCGUGCUCAAUUUUAACAAUUUUACCAUUACGUUGCCGGACGGAAGUGUUGUUGGGGGGUCAUCCUAA